AUGGCUGCCCCCUCGUCCCAGGAGCGGGAGCUACAGCUCCUGGACAAGGUGGAGUUGAAGAUCCUAGCUGUUGCUAACAAGGAGACGAAACUUCAUGAGCUCCUACAGCGCUAUCUUGCGCCAGUUCUUCUCAAGGCUGCCAGUGAACAUGUUCCAGUCAGACGCAAAGUGCUGCAAAUGUUUGCUAUGCUUAAGACGUUCAUUCAAGCUCCAGAGGUUGUCCUACCCGUGGGAGCGCUUCUCGAUCAGUACAAGGCCAACGACUCCUCAUUGGUCAAGCAGCUCGAUAUCUCAGGCAUCCAGCACAGCAUAGAGCGUCUAGAUGAUCAUGAGCGGAGAGAACUGAUUCCCAAGGCUCUGAAAGGCUUUGCCAAGGAUGAAGGUCAAGCUAGGGCUGGUCCCUUCUUCAACAUCAUCCUUCGCCUUCUCCUGGACGUCCGGAUACCUCCCAGAGGCAGCAAGGAUGACGAAAACUUUCGAGAGUUCAUCGGUCUCUCCGAUGAGGCUGAUGCAAAGUUUCUCGCCGACAUGAUCACUGUGUUCAUUCGACUCCGGCCACCCCCAUCAGGUGCAAACUGGGCAACGGCGAAUCCUACCGUGUCAACCGAGGAACUCGUAUCGCUUGGCCUGGAUAACCCGGAGUGGCAGAAGGUCAUUGGGCGACUAUCUGAGGUGAAGCGCAAGCUUGUCGCAUUUCUCGCCAGUGGUGCCUUCACCGACCAGGAGAAGUUCCUACCUACUCUCUAUGCUGCAUCCAAUUUCGACAACAGAGUGGCAUCCUCGGCUGAGGAAGUCCUCAAGAGAAGCUCCGUUUCUAUGGAGGAUGAGGCUCUUGUGCAGCGCCUGUUCCAAGCACACUCGGUAUUGCCGGCAGCAUAUCGAAUCCGCAUCCUCAACAUGCUCUCCAAGUCGGAAAUUUCAGCCACCAUGUCGGAUGACAUUAUGAAUGUGGUCAAGCUCAACUUUGCAACACCAGUGGCGGACGAUUCUUCGAGCUUGAACCUGUACCCCAAGAGCGCACUGGAGAAAUCCAGGCUUCACAACGCUACAUUCCAGUAUCUUGCCUGGCUGGCUCGCGUUGGACCUUCACAGCACAAAUUCGUCAUUGCCGCACCUGUCACCAACGCCAUGGUUGACUUCAUCGAGGCCAGCGGCUGGCCCAUCCCGACGCAGACCUCCAGUGACGAUAUUGCGCUUCGGUCCCAGGCGUAUGAAACGAUUGGUGUGCUUGCCAAAAGCGCCGAUAUGCCCCUUAUUGCCCGUGUAGGGCUUGCCGGCUGGCUCUUCCGGUCACUUUCGGAAGAUCCUCACAACGAUACGGUCGUUAACAUUGACAGCGCUCUUUCUAGCAUGGCGACAUGUAUUUCGCCAACCACUGGCAGUGCGUCUGCCACGUUGAAAGAGAUGCUUCUGCAGUACAUGUCUCUGUCUGAAGACGCCCCAGCUCGUCGUAGUACGCGCCAUGCCGUUGUCAAGUGGGCCAACCAAUGUCUCGAAUUCUCCGACGUCGUCGGUCGUUUCAUCGAUAUCAUUGCCAUUGGGGCGCGUUCAGACGAGCGAAGCGAUGUCAUUGAGCAAGGGCAAAGAGGUCUUGAUCCUUGGACCUAUUAUGCACAUGUCGAUAAGAGCCCCUCCCUCCCUGACUGGAAGGACAUGGUGGUUGCCUUCUUUGGUUCUAAGAUGAGCCCGGAGAUUCGUAAAGAAUCACUAUCUCCACCUGACCUGGCUGAUGAAUUCUCUCCCUUUGAGAAUUUCCCAGGCUCUUGGGGAGGGGCAAUUCCGGUUGCCUUGCGGUAUUGUAGGAACAUCAUGUUCCUCACAGCCCUUGACGAUUUCAAGGUUGAGCCCAACUGGGUGCAGGCUCUUGAUGCUCGGGUCAAGACAGAUAUCAAGACGCGGGAAAAGAUUCGUGCAUACCUGCAUACGGUCGAUAGCCGCUUUGUAACCUGGUACCUAAAGUCAUGCCUCGACGGCAUCCAUCGCACCGACGUUCCUAUCACAGAGGAGUGUAUUCGAUGCUUUGUCGAUGUGGCUUCUCUCAGCCCCAGCAGCGCCUUGAGUCCCUUGGUUGGUCUCGCUGAUAGCCUCUUACCUUUGGUAAAGUCAAACAGCAGGGAGAUCCAGUCACUUGCCGCCCGGGCAAUGGGCAUUCUUGUGUCGCAUUUCUCCAACUCCCAAGAAACAGUAGAGGCCUGCCUGAGGACUCUUGCUGCGCCUCUCGAGCGUGCCCAGGAAGCUAUUGGAGGCGAUUUGAAUGUUGCCGAGGGAUGUCUGCUAGCAUACAGUUAUGUUUGCUCCCGGUGCAUCUACUAUGGGCAGCCUUUGCCAUCGGAUAUCCAGUACCCUUUGAGCUUUCUGGCAGGCGAGCACAUCCCAUCAUCUCUCUACGAUGCUGCCCUUGAAGCAUUCGCUCAACUAUGGACCGCUGGCCUCGCCAUUCCCCAGCGUGAGGGUAAUGAUUCUCUUGAAAAGGUGACCAAGAAGCUCGUCACCCAGGCAAAGACGGGUAAUGAGAAGGCUAUCACGGCGCUUGGACGAUUGGCUGCCGGUCUUGAGAAAAUCGACGAGGAUGCAAGCACGGAGAGCGAUGAUGGAUGGUCUCAUGGAGUUAUCGGCGGCAUUCUCAAGGAGCUCUUUACACUUCACGAGAUGAAGCAAGUCGAGAUCCAGUUCACGGUGGGAGAUGCCAUCACCGCAACGCUCGCUCGAUGGGAUUCCGACUACGUUAAGCUUACUCUCGACGUCGAGCCGCGCGCCUCUCUUGAUGGGCGUGGAGGGUCACGAGGAUCACGCCUCACUGCUGUCCUCAACAAGCUCUUUGCGGAUGUCAAGGGCACGAAGCCGGCACUGCUCAAGGCAUCUGGUAUCUGGCUCUUCUGCCUCGUACAAUACUGCUCGCAUCUGGACCAAGUUCAGUCCAGACUGCGGGAAGUCCAGGCCGCAUUCAUGAGGCUUCUCAGUGCACGGGAUGAGCUCGUACAAGAGACAGCGUCUCGUGGCCUGUCGUUGGUGUACGAGCGUGGUGAUGCUGACCUCAAGAGCGCCCUGGUCAAGGACUUGGUAUCCGCUUUCACUGGUUCUGGGACCCAGCUCAAGGUCGAGGGAGAAACGGAGCUAUUCGAGCCAGGUGCUCUUCCGACAGGAGAGGGUAACUCCAUUACAUCUUACAAGGACAUUGUUAACCUGGCGAACGAGGUUGGCGAUCAGAGACUUGUUUACAAGUUCAUGUCUCUCGCUGCCAACGCCGCAACUUGGUCGACUCGAUCAGCUUUCGGUCGCUUCGGAUUGAGCAACAUCCUCUCGGAAUCAGAGGUUGACCCCAAGCUGUAUCCCAAGCUUUACCGCUACCGGUUUGAUCCUAACAAGAACGUCCAAAAAUCCAUGGACGAUAUUUGGAAGGCUCUCGUCAAGGAUUCCGGGUCAGUUGUCGACACGCACUUUGAUGCCAUCAUGGAUGACCUCGUGAAAAGCAUCCUGGGUAGAGAGUGGCGUAUGCGAGAAGCAAGCUGUGCUGCUAUUUCCGACCUUAUCCAGGGACAACCAUUCCCCAAGUACGGAAAGUACUAUCGCGACAUCUGGACGGUGGCAUUGAAGGUUCUGGAUGAUGUCAAGGGAAGUGUUAGAGAGGCAGCCUUGAAGCUUUGCAUGGCCCUCUCAAAUGGUCUUGUUCGACAGCUUGAGGAGGGAAGCAAUGGAUCUGCUGCUGAAGCUAUGAUGAAGGAAGCGCUUCCGUUUCUUCUAUCAGAUAAGGGCGUCGAGAGCUCAGUCAAGGAGGUCCAAAUGUUUGCAACCAUUACGGUCAUUAAGAUCACCAAGCAAGGAGGGAAGGCUUUGCGACCAUUCAUUCCCGAAAUGGUACCCCAACUCCUCGGACUCCUCAGCUCGAUUGAGCCUGAUGCGAUCAACUGGCAUUACCAGAGAGCUGGGGAGGACAGCCGAGAUCAGAUCGAUAAGCUGCGGUCCCAGAUGGUAGACCAGUCCCCCAUCUCCGAGGCUAUCGAGAAUUCGCUUCGGUUCAUCAACGCGGAGGUCAUGACGGAGCUGGCGCCUCAACUCGAGUCCUCGAUUAAGAAGGCCAUCGGCAUGCCCACCAAAAUUGGCUGCAGCCGAGUGUUGACAACGUUAUUCACACGUCACACCAAUGAUGUGAAGUCUGUCAGCGGGCGAUUUCUUCGUAUCAUGGAGAAGCAAACGUUAGAUAAGAACGACGAAGUCAGUCAAGCGUAUGCUCGCGCCACAGCGUACAUUAUCAGGGCAGCUCCAGAAUCGGCCAGGAGCCGGUUCUGCCAACAUGUCGUCGAUGUGUACUUCCAGGCUGAGGAGGAGUCGCGCCGUCAAAAGAUCGCAGAUGUGAUUGUGGCACUGGCUAAGGUCUCACCGGAUCACUUUACUGCCCUGGAGACAAAGCUACUUCCAUUCUCCUACCUGGGAUCUCAUGAUACAGAUGAGUAUACCAGCAAGGUGUUCAAGGAGGUUUGGAGUCAGCAUGCCGGAAGCAGUCGGACCGUCGUCCGCUACGUCCCAGAGAUCGUCUCUCUGGUGGAAAGGUGCUUAGACACAGCGCAAUGGGCGCUCCGACACGGCGGAGCCUUUACGGUAGCAGCAAUGGUGUCGGAUGUUGCCAGUGCGAGCGACGCCAGCGGUCAGAUCAGCGAUGGCAACUUGGCUAAGAUCUGGCCCGUCUUCGACAAGACUCUAGCCCUGAAGACCUUCCCCGGCAAAGAGAAGCUACUCAAAUCCUUCCCAAAGUUUGUCGAAAAGGGGCGGGCCUUGUGGACGACCGACUCUAAGAUUGCGGCGCAGAUGAAGAAGGUUGCGUUGCGAGAAGCCAAGCGAAACAAUGAUGAGUAUCGCGUCCCUGCCUUCCGUUGCCUGUGGGAAUUCGCCAAGGCUAGGGAUGAUCUCGAUCUCCUCGAUGAGAUUGCCGGGAUUGUGACGCCCUACUUGGAAGAACUUGGAGAUGAGAACAAGAUGGAAGUUGAUUCCAAGGAAGAGCUGGUAGAGAAGACAGCUUCAAAUGGCUUGGAGGCUAUCGCUCGGGGAUACAGCCGUGCCAGCAUAAAGCAGGAUUCCGUCGCUGUGCUCAACAGGAUCAUGAGUAUUCUCAAGCCUCAUCUGUCAAACCCAAAGUUCGCCUCAAUCAAACGCCAAGUCUGGUAUGAGUGCGUCCGCGACUUGAUGCAAGACGCCGAGUCUCUCUGUUCAUCAGAAAACGAUGCAGAGGGCGUUUCUCUCACAUAUCUCCUGAGCCUGGACAUUGACCUGGUCGACACGGGCACAGAGGCACAGAGAAUCAUGAGAGCAAAGGCCAUCGGCGCUACAAUGAAGGCCAAGGCAAGGGGUGUGUUUGGGCAAGCUGGUCCCAACUGGGAUCAGAUGAGGGAAAUGGUGAGCAAAGCGCUGGAAGCAGAGCGAUCAUUGGAAGUUCAGAAGGUGUUGAAGGAAGUUCGUACUUCAUUGGAUUAG